CCAACCAAACGCAAACACAUACAAACAGACACUAACCUCUUUCGUUCCACAUCAUCCAGCAGCAAAACUUUGAAGUUGACUGGUUUCCCAGUUGGCAUUUAAUCAUUUUGACCGAUUGAUUUUUACAUGCAAACGUGAACAUUGUAAUGGCCAUGGGUCCGACGACUGCCAUUCAGAAGUUGAAUGAAGAGCUCGGCGGUGACAUUCAAAAUUUGUGGAAAUGUAAAGAGAUAAAUGAGCGAGUGAAAGCAGAAAAGGAAUCAAUUGAAAAAAUGUUGUCAUUGGCAAGCAGCGAGGUCCCAUCUCGUGUGAGCGCAGCUGUACAGCAGGUUGAACAGACGUCACAGCAAAUCGCUCGACUGUCAGAUGAUUUGACAUCUUUACUAGAAAAUAGUGCUGGUCCCUUAAAGGAUGGAGAAAAUAUUAUAAGCUCCCUAGAGGAUGAUUUAAACAAAAUACUGACACUUGAAAGGACAAAGUCAUAUCUAGGAUGGCUUCGAUCUGUUGAAGACCUGAGCUGUGAACUGGAAUCAAGUUUGCACGAGCGAGCAGAUGCUCAUUGUGUUGUACUUUUUCAAAGAUUACGGCAGAGUUAUGAAGAUAUUCACGGGUCUCAGUGUUCCCACUUCAUUGCAUUUCUGAAAGAGACUCUUCUUUUCUGGCACACAGUUCUAAAAUCACAAUUUUCAAAAGAAUUUGAAGAAAUCCUGCAAGCCAUAAAGUGGCCUUUUGUUUCUUCAAAUGGUGUUGUGUCUGCUCCUCCUGCUGAUACCAUGGCUCGGUUUCAAGUACUGACAGAGUAUCUCCUGAAAAUACAGCUACCUAAUGAGGCUGAAGAAACAGUGGACUCAACUCUUUUGACGGAUACACUCCCUCUUUCACCACCUUUACAGCUGCUUCUUAGACCUUUAAGACGCCGCUUCGUUUUCCAUUUCUGCCGCCCUGACAAAGAGACAAGCAGACCUGACAAACCAGAAUGGUGCUUUACACAGGUUCUAGCUUGGAUUAGGGACCAUCAUCAGUUUGUUGAAGAGUGGGUACAACCAGUAAUGGAUAACUUGUCACUAAAUGUAUCCGCCCAAACUGAACUUAUUCGAGGGCUGGUACAAUUGGUUGCUGGUAAAUUACAUGCGGAGCUUCCAACACUCCAGUGGGAUGAUUUGCUCUUCUCACAUGCGGUCGAUGAAACAUUAUCUUUGGCCCGUGAACUACGUGAAACUUAUGGAUACAAUGAGCACACACUCUUGGCAGUUCUCACUCAAGCAUCUCUGUUCAUUCGGUGGCUUCAUCUUGAAAAGAAACAUGCCCUGGAGAAAAUGGAUGCUUUAUUGAGCAGUGAAACAGCUUGGUCACCUCUUGGUCCAUCCGAUCUGGACGACAUGAAAGUUACAGAGAGUAUUGAUAGUUUCCUGUCCUUACUUCUGGCAAUAACUGAAAGAUAUAGUUGCUUACCCCAACCAGGCCAUAGAUUGCAGUUUCUUGAGCUUCAACUAGAAUUGCUCGAUGACUGGCGCGUCAGAUUACUUCAACUGCUUCGAGAAGAACACCCAGACCCAUUAAAACCAAAAGCAAGGUUUCCUGCUAUUCUUAAUUCUAUCAAUUAUUUAGCAUCUGUUCUCAUAGAAUGGGGAAGCAAUACUCAUUUUUUAAAUUUGCAAUAUUUUCAAAGUCAACUCAAUGCCAGCAGAGAAACUCCAACAGAGAAAGAGCUUGAAGAAACAGCUGGAUCUGUAUUUGAUGAGAGCCUAGAGCUCUUGGAGAGAAUGAAACAUGAUCUUCUCAACAAUUUGUGUGAGGCUGUUCUCCUUGAUGUGAAGGCUCGGAGCAGGCCAUAUCGGAAAGACAAGUGGUUUGUUAUGAGUUCUCCUGCAGAACUUGUCAGUGCUACCUUGACACCAAGUGCAUGUCCCAUGUUUAAAGUGCUUUCCUCAAACUUGCAUACUCUUCAGCAAGUUCUUGCAGUCCCACUUUUCAUCAUAGCAUGGAGGCAAAUUGCUAGCAGUGUAUCCCAGUUUAUUUACGAAGAAGUCAUUUUACAAAACUGUUUUAAUGAAGGAGGUGCCCUGCAGCUGCAGUUUGACAUGACAAGAAAUCUAUUCCCACUGUUUGGUCAAUACACAGCACAUCCAGACUCUUACUUCCAGCAAGUCAAAGAAGCAUGCUUUCUUCUGAACAUGUCUAAGGGCUCUGCACUUCUGCUUCGAGAAACACUACAAGAAUGCCUUCAAAGAGAGAGUGGGGGGCAUCCUAAUGAUGAAUCUGAUCAAACUAGUUGGGACGUUCUUGCGGACUUGAGCCUCCAUAGUACAGAUGGACAAAGUGCCUUAGCCAUGUUGCAACGACGGACUGACCUCAUUAAGUCACCCUAACUUGUGAUCCUAUCUCUUUUGAUUGUUAAUUUCUUUAGGUUUUGUGUUCUAAGAGGGUUCAUUUAAAUAACACUACCUCAAAGUUCAUUUUUUAUUUCAUUUCUUCUCUGAGUCUGUGAUCAUUAAUAUAAUCAAUGUAAUAAUUAAAUAUAUAUCAUUGUUAAAGA